AUGUCUCUCGGUGAAAGUGAUCAUUUGACCCGAACAUGGUCAGUCAAUUCAACUGACAAUACACACUCCUCCAUUGUUAGUGGAUUUUCAGCAUUUCGAGAACGUCUUGGAUUUUGUUGUUGUCGAUUAUUAAAUAAAAAUUCAAAAUAUGAUUUAUCUUCGGUUUCAAAACAUGAUCAUGAAGAAGAGCAAGAUAAAUCAUCUUAUAUAAAUCAAGCAUUACAAGGAGAAAAACAAGCAGGAAAAGAUAAAUUAGAUAAAAUAGCAAAAACUUUGCCUGGUCUCACCUCAAAUAUAACACUAACAAUAAAAGGAACAUUAACAUCAACACAAACUUCAACACGUUCAAUACCAACAGUUAGACAAGGAAGACCACGUUCAACAACAUCAACUAUUAAUAAACCAUCACCGUUAACUAUUAAUAAGCUAUCACCAUCAUCUCAAAAUACAAAAAAUAAUAAAAAAGAUUUAGAUGAAACAACUGACUCAAGUGAAGAAGAAAGUUCAUCCGAUUAUGAUAAAUCAUCUGAUUCAGAUAGUGCACCUGCAAAACGGCCUCCUAUUAACCAUACAAAUAAGCGACGAUAA